AUGGCAACAGCAACAGGUCAAGUCAAAGACCACCGCAACCUCGUGCCGAUCGGUCGAUUCAUAGAAUCAAGCAGUCCUAAUGGCAUCCUGAUGGUCAUGAACCUCUUCAUAGACUCGGCCAAGCUCGAUGAGUACGUCAAGGUCGUAACGCCCGUUGUCAAGAAGAUGCGAGCAAAUGCAGAGUGUUUGUUCUGCGAAGUCUCUGUGAAUCCUCAUGACAAGGGCCACGUCAGGGUGCUCCACGGCUGGACAAGGGAUAGCGCAUGGUUCCGCGAUAAUAUCGAAACGCAACCAUGGUUCGGAGAGUAUGUGCAAGCUCUCGUGGGUAUGAAGGACCCAAACCGACAACGUAUCAUCGAGCACUUUGACCGCAUUAUAAUUGAUUAA